UUAUGCCUAUAUGAUUGAUAAUGUAAUUCUUUUAAUAACUGGCACCCUACACCAACGUGAUACUAAUGAAUUGCUGGAACGAUGUCACCCACUUGGAAAGUUUGAUACCAUGGCAGCACUGUGCGUUGCAACUAACGUUACGGAACUGUACGAGACUGUGAUUGUGGAGACACCUCUUGCCCCAUACUUUCAAAAGUUGUCCGUUAAUGAUAUUGAUGAAUUAAAUAUUGAAAUUAUUCGUAACACGCUUUAUAAAGCGUAUCUUGAAGAUUUUUAUGAUUAUUGCAAGAGAAGUGGUGGUGUGACAGGAGAAUUAAUGUGCGAAAUUUUGGAG